GGACAAGGCACGCGCGACAGUUGCCACCGCUUCGCAGCCUGGCUGGUCUGUCCCAGAGUUCGGCCAGCGCGUGCUGGACCACUACGCCGCCAACAACUGGACCUGGUCUCCCCUCCGCUGUGCCAUCAUUUUCAACCACCCCGCCGCCGUCCGCCUCCUGCUACGCAGCAUCGGCCGCCUGCCCCCUUCAUCGUCCAGCAGGUGCGACAAGGUCUUGACGCUGCUGCACGUCGCGGCCCAUCUCGGGUAUCGCCCGAUGGUCGAGAUGCUGCUCAGUGAGGCGGGCGUGGCUGCCGACGGCCACGGCCUUGACGACCACCGCCUUGCGUGGACCCAUGCUUGGGGUAACAAGACGCCGCUCCACUUGGCCAUCCGGAGUGCUCACUUCGACGUCGCCAGACUGCUGCUGGAGCACGGAGCCGACCCCGGUGCCCUGCAACCGCACAAGAACGAGGUGGACGAGUUCCUCACCAUGAUCACAGGCAUCCCCUCGCAGGCGGCCUUUGAGACCAUGCUUGACCUCCUCGACAGCCACGGCGCAGGGCUGAGCGCCUGGCAGAGUCGGGACAAUUGUCUAACCACUCGGCUUGCCGAGCAGGUCGACUCCUCCCCCGGCGACGGCGCAGCGCUCGCGAAGCUGUGCUUCCUGCUUGCCCGCGGCCUCGCUUACCUGGACUUGACGGAUCCCCUGCGUGAUAUCCCGUGGUCCAUGAAGUCAAGACCGCUGCACAAAUAUGUGACCAUGGGCGAUGUCGAAAUGAUACGUCGCCUGCUGCUCGAGCAGUCCACCGACUCCUCCAUGCUCGGCCCACGCACCGAUCCCAAGGAACGUGAUCGCCCCACCUGGAGCUUGUUGAUGCAUGCCGUUCUCGGGAGUCACCCGGAAGUCACCAGGAUUCUCCUGGACUUGGAGAGGUGCCGCCACCAGGGCGAAGACCAGCUGGGAGGUGAUGCGCGUCUCGACAACCUCGUCAACGGAUACUCGUCCAGGAGGGGGCUCUGGCCCCUCCACCAUGCAAUCACGGGCCACUGCAGCGGUGGGCUGGUGGGAAGCCGCUCCGCGACCGCGCGCAUCCUCAUCGAGAACGGCGGCGCCGACCUCGAGCGCAGGACCGUCGUCGAGGGCUACACGGCACUGCUCUGCCAUCUUCACUUUGGGCGCCAUGGCCCUCGGCGGCAGGGGGACUGCGGCGGCCGCGACGAGUACCACGACCUCCUCCGGUUCCUGCUCGAUGCUGGGGGCGAUGCCACGGUAAAGUGCAAGGGCGGGCGGAGUGCGUGGUCGUAUGUGACUGCGCGUGCGUGCCCGAGCUGUGCAACGCUGGUGCUGAGGAAGAUAGGGUAUGAUUGUGCCGUGAGCGACGAGAGGGCAGCAGAUCGAAGGAACGCCAGGGACUGGGCAGAGCUCAAGGGCUGGCUGGCCGGGUUCGAGGAGCUUCUCGAGGAGCAGCGACUGUUGGAAUGCGCACAGCCUGCCUGAUCUUGUUCAAUGUGAUUGUAUGAUUCCUCGCAGCCAGAGAGACAAGAGGCACGGCCUUGUGGUGCAAGAUGAGCAGAAUGCUUUGCGAGUUUUCGAAGCGGAUGUUUCUGAACCGCCACCACUGUCACUGUCUUCCUUUACGACCUCGGGCUUUCUGCCAGGGAUUGAACCAGGUUUCAUCAUAUGCUAUUCCAGUCAAUUUCAAAUUGCCGUGCAUUGGCACAUCACAUAGCGUGAUCGCAUACAAA